AUGUCAACUUUUCUUGGUCUUAUUAAGGAGAUACCUGGCGUGUCAGUGGAUCGUUUUGAUGGAGAAAACUUAACAUCCUCUGUGUUUUUUCUUAGUCAUUGUCACAUUGAUCAUAUGCAGGGUUUAUCAGAUUUGUUUUUCAUGCAUUUAGAUGAUCAUAAAAAAUAUCUUUAUUGCAGCCCCAUUACAAAAGAAUUAUUAAAAAAUAGAUUUAAAUUUAGAAGUUCUUCUGUCAAAGAAAUAAAUGUCAAUACAUCUACUAUUAUAGAAUAUUUUAUCUUUGAAAGGAAUAAUUUAUCAAUAUUAUAUACUGGUGAUUUUCGCAUUAAUCCACUGGACUUUCCUAAGUUGAAAGGUUUACAUUAUUAUGAAGAUUCUAAAUUGAUACCUAGAACAUUUACUAAAAUCUAUUUAGACACAACAUUUUUAAGUAACGAUUUUCCUUCCUUUCCUACUAGGCAAGAAAGCAUGGUUAAAAUAUGUGAAAUCACAAAAGAAUGGUUAGGUAGAGACCCAAGGAAUGUUGUUAUUCUGGAAUGUUCUGCUACAUAUGGUUCUGAAUUUCUCUUUGUAGAACUCUCAAAAAUGAUGAAUGUGAAAAUUCAUGUAAAACAUAAUGUGUAUGAGAGUUAUUGUUGUAUUACACAAUUGUCUUGUUAUGUCACAAAUGACCCAUAUAGUACUCCCAUUCAUGCCUGCAAGAGAAAAAUAUCUUCGUCAGGUUUGCAUUGUAGAAGUGAUGUAAGCAAUGCAAAUAUCAUGACUAUCAUUCCAUCUGUGAUGAAAUGGAAAAAAAGGGAUACUAGUGUAGUAGGAGAAUGGGACAAAAUUAAAGAAAGAACUUUCAAUGUAUGCUAUUCCACACAUUCCUCUUUUAAUGAACUCAAAGCUUUUAUUCAAUAUUUUAAUACAUUAGAUAUAUAUCCAUGUGUAGUGAAAACAGAAGAAGAAAAAGAAGUUUAUCGUUUAUUAGAUUCUAUAAAAAAGAUAUCAGAUGAACAGGUAGCAGUUAAAGAAACAUAUGAAUUAAAACUUCCUAAUCGUAAAGUAUUAAAUAAAAUUCCAUUAAAAUCUGAAUAUUUUAGCAGUGAUGAUGAUAGUUUUUGA